AUGAGGCGUGUGAGGCGUGAGAGUAUGAGGCGUUAUGAGGCGUGCGAGUAUGAGGCGUGUGAGUAUGAGGCGUGCGAGUAUGAGGCGUGCGAGUAUGAGGCGUGCGAGUAUGAGGCGUGCGAGUAUGAGGCGUGUGAGUAUGAGGCAUGUGAGUAUGAGGCAUGUGAGUAUGAGGCAUGUGAGUAUGAGGCAUGUGAGGCGUGUGAGUAUGAGGCGUGUGAGUAUGAGGCGUGUGAGUAUGAGGCGUGUGUGGCGUGUGAGUAUGAGGCGUGUGAGGCGUGUGAGUAUGAGGCGUGUGUGGCGUGUGAGUAUGAGGCGUGUGAGUAUGAGGCGUGUGAGUAUAAGGCGUGUGUGGCGUGUGAGUAUGAGGUGUGUGAGGCGUGUGAGUAUGAGGCGUGUGAGGCGUGUGAGUAUGAGGCGUGUGAGGCGUGUGAGUAUGAGGCGUGUGAGUAUGAGGCGUGUGAGUAUAAGGCGUGUGUGGCGUGUGAGUAUGAGGCGUGUGAGUAUAAGGCGUGUGUGGCGUGUGAGUAUGAGGCGUGUGAGGCGUGUGAGUAUGAGGCGUGUGAGUAUGAGGCGUGUGUGGCGUGA